CAACUUACACCUGCCAUCAACAUGACCUACGGCUGCUAUUCUGGAAACUUCUCCUCCCGUUCCUGUGGAGAUCAACUGAACUACCCUCACUCCUCCUGUGGCUCUUCCUAUACCCGGCACCUGGUUCAGAGCACUAACUUCUACUCUCCCAGAACCUGCCAUCUGGGGUCCUCUCUCCACAGCGGAUGUCAUCAGAACUGCUUCCGGCCCAUCAGAUGCCAGACUUCACAUGUGGUGCACAGCUCCUGCCAGCGGCCCUGCUACACCCGAAGGGUCUCCAGCUUCUGCAGCCCCCACAGGACCACAUAUGCUACCUCUCAGGGCUUUGGGUCCAGUAGCUGCCACUCUCUGGGCUAUGGGUCUAGAAGCUCUUACUCACUGAGCUGUGGAUCCAGUGGCUUUAGACCCCAAGGUUUCUCUUCACUGGGCUAUGGAUCUGGAUUCUGCCGCCCAUCCUAUGUGCCCUAUAGAACCUGCCAGUCUUCUUGUUACAGACCAAGCUGUGGUACUGGAUCUAGAUUCUGCUGAUCUUCUUCCUUGUUUCCAAUCUUUCUGAUCACUGUCACCAGUCCUGAUUUCUUGGCUGUUGUCAUCUUCCUUCGACUGGGAAGAAUUAUCUUCUCAUUCCUGAUUGCCAAUUCCUCACUUUCUCUCUGACCCCAGCUACUGGCUGAUGUGUGUCCUUUGAGAGCUCUGUAAUUAAUCUAUUAACUCAAAAAUAAAGUGUGCAUUGCAAAU